CCGCCCCCCGGGGCAAGUGGGCAUGGAACAGUAAGAGCCCCUCGCUCGGCGAGGCCGCUCGCGGAGGCUUCCCAUGGCCGGGACGUACAGCUCCACGCUGAAGACACUGGAGGACUUGACCUUGGACUCCGGGUAUGGGGCCGGCGACUCCUGCCGCUCGCUCAGCCUCUCGUCUUCCAAGUCCAACUCGCAGGCGCUCAACUCUUCGGCGCAGCAGCACCGCGGGGCGGCCUGGUGGUGCUACUCCGGCUCCAUGAACAGCCGCCACAACAGCUGGGACACGGUGAACACGGUGCUGCCCGAGGAUCCCGAAGUGGCCGACCUCUUCUCGCGCUGCCCGCGGCUCCCGGAGCUGGAGGAGUUCCCCUGGACCGAGGGAGACGUGGCCCGGGUGCUCCGCAAAAGCAUCAGCGGCCGGAGGCUGCCCUCCUUCUCCGCCGAGGCGGUGAGGCGCUUGGCUGGGCUGCUCCGCCGGGCGCUCAUCCGCGUGGCCCGGGAGGCGCAGCGCCUGAGCGUGCUGCACGCUAAGUGCACCCGCUUCGAGGUGCAGAGCGCUGUGCGCCUGGUGCACAGCUGGGCGCUGGCCGAGAGCUGCGCGCUGGCCGCCGUCAAGGCGUUGUCCCUCUAUAGCAUGAGCGCUGGCGAUGGGUUGCGCCGUGGCAAGUCGGCGCGCUGCGGCCUCACUUUCUCCGUGGGCCGCUUCUUCCGUUGGAUGGUAGACACUCGCAUCUCUGUGCGCAUCCAUGAGUACGCGGCCAUCUCGCUCACCGCCUGCAUGGAGAACCUGGUUGAGGAGAUCCGGGCCAGGGUGCUGGCGAGCCAGAGCCCGGAUGGUGGAGGGGCAGGAGGCGGAGAGGUGUCUGCCGAGGCCUUGGAAAUGGUCAUCAACAACGACGCCGAGCUCUGGGGAGUCCUGCAACCCUAUGAGCAUCUCAUCUGCGGCAAGAACGCCAAUGGUGUCCUCUCCCUCCCGGCCUACUUCAGUCCCUACAACAGUGGGUCCCUGGGCCACGACGAGCGAGCCGAUGCCUAUGCUCAGCUGGAGCUGCGGACAUUGGAGCAGUCUCUCCUGGCCACAUGUGUGGGCAGCAUCUCAGAGCUGAGUGACUUGGUCUCGCGAGCCAUGCAUCACAUGCAAGGGCGCCACCCCCUGUGCCCCGGCACCAGCCCCGCUCGCCAGGCCCGCCAGCCACCACAGCCCAUCACAUGGUCCCCUGAUGCUCUUCACACACUCUACUACUUCCUGAGGUGUCCACAGAUGGAGUCCAUGGAGAACCCCAACCUGGACCCCCCAAGAAUGACCCUGAACAAUGAACGGCCCUUCAUGCUGCUUCCACCACUGAUGGAGUGGAUGAGGGUGGCUAUCACCUAUGCAGAACACCGCCGCAGCCUGACCGUGGACAGUGGGGAUAUCCGGCAGGCAGCCCGGCUGCUGCUACCAGGCCUGGACUGUGAGCCCCGCCAACUCAAACCCGAAUGCUGCUUCAGUUCCUUCCGGAGGCUGGACGCUCGAGCUGCUACUGAAAGAUUCAACCAGGACCUGGGCUUCCGCAUGCUCAACUGUGGGAGAACAGACCUCAUCAGCCAGGCCAUCGAGGCCCUGGGUCCGGAUGGGGUGAACACAAUGGAUGACCAGGGUAUGACGCCGCUGAUGUACGCCUGUGCUGCUGGGGAUGAAGCCAUGGUCCAGAUGCUAAUUGAUGCUGGGGCCAACUUAGAUAUACAGGUUCCGAACAACUCUCCCAGGCACCCCUCCAUCCACCCGGACAGCAGGCACUGGACCUCCCUGACGUUUGCAGUGCUGCAUGGGCACAUCUCUGUAGUGCAGCUGCUGCUGGAUGCUGGUGCUAACGUGGAGGGUUCGGCAGUGAACGGCGGGGAAGACAGCUAUGCCGAGACGCCCCUGCAGCUGGCCUCUGCAGCUGGGAACUAUGAGCUGGUCAGCUUGCUACUGAGCCGGGGCGCUGACCCCCUCCUCAGCAUGCUGGAAGCCAAUGGCAUGGCCUCUUCUCUCCACGAGGAUAUGAACUGCUUCAGCCACUCGGCUGCCCAUGGCCACAGGAACGUCUUACGGAAGCUCCUGACUCAGCCGCAGCAGGCUAAAGCAGAUGUGCUGUCCCUCGAAGAGAUCCUGGCUGAGGGUGUGGAAGAAAGUGACACGUCGAGCCAGGGCAGCAGCGAGGGGCCCGUGAGGCUGAGCCGCACCCGCACAAAGGCCCUGCAGGAAGCCAUGUACUACAGCGCCGAGCAUGGCUACGUGGACAUCACCAUGGAGCUGAGAGCACUGGGUGUCCCCUGGAAGCUGCACAUCUGGAUAGAGUCCCUGCGGACCUCUUUCUCACAGUCCCGGUACUCGGUGGUGCAGGGCCUCCUGAGGGACUUCAGCUCCAUCAAGGAGGAGGAGUACAACGAGGAGCUGGUGACAGAAGGCUUCCAGCUCAUGUUUGACAUCCUCAAGACCAGCAAAAACGACUCCGUCCUUCAGCAGCUGGCCGCCAUCUUCACACACUGCUACGGCAGCAGCCCCAUUCCCAGCAUCCCGGAGAUCCGGAAGACCCUGCCAGCCAGGCUAGAUCCUCACUUUCUGAACAACAAGGAGAUGUCGGAUGUCACCUUCCUAGUGGAAGGAAAGCUGUUUUAUGCACACAAAGUCCUUUUGGUGACAGCGUCUAACAGGUUCAAGACCUUAAUGACCAACAAAUCAGAGCAAGACGGGGACAGCAGCAAGACGAUUGAGAUCAGCGACAUCAAGUACCACAUCUUCCAGAUGCUGAUGCAGUACCUCUACUAUGGAGGAACAGAGUCCAUGGAGAUCCCCACUGCAGACAUCCUGCAGCUGCUGUCAGCUGCCAACCUGUUCCAGCUGGAUGCCCUGCAGAGACACUGUGAGAUCCUGUGCUCCCAGACCCUUAGCGUGGAGAGCGCAGUCAACACCUACAAAUACGCCAAGAUCCACAACGCCCCAGAGCUGGCCUUGUUCUGUGAGGGCUUCUUCCUCAAGCACAUGAAGGCCUUGCUGGAGCAGGACGCCUUUCGGCAGCUCAUCUAUGGCCGGAGCAGCAAAGUCCAGGGCCUGGACCCUCUGCAGGACCUGCAGAGCACCCUGGCCGAGCGAGUGCAUUCUGUCUACGUCACCUCCCGGGUGUGAGGCGGGGUGGAGGGUGACUGCUGUCUGUGGGUGUGCAAAGGUCUGCUAAGGCCGAACACAGCUGCCCUUGGCACCUCCAGAGGAGGGAGGCUCAUGGGGUGCUUACUGCUCUUCCCCAGAUAACCCUCUGUGGUGUUGACUGAUCCUUGGGUGGGCAAAAAGCCCACUUCACUGUUGCUCAACCAGUAACUGGCAGGGUGUGUGACAUCACCCUGAGGGCUACCCUGUGUCCUCUCUUCUCCAGUGGCUCAGCAGCAAGCUGACCCAUCUGCCUGGCUGGGAUGUUUUCCUAAAUGCCAGAGGAAAGGCUUUCCAAAUCCUGUCCCCCAAGCUGUGCCUUUGAAAGGGCUGGUGGCCCCUGUCUGUGAAGACUACUAACUUGGAGUCUGAGCUCAGAGCAUCUGAGUUGAGGGUGUGAUGGGGUAUAGUACAGGAACGCAGGGACCUCAGCUCUCGCUGCUACAGCUAGCAGCCAAAGGAAAGAGGCGGCUGUCGACCGCCCACCUAGCUCUCGUGUCUGCAGGCUCGGGCAGCAGUGCUCCCGUGGUCUCGAGUGCAAGGCUCCCUUCACUCAGGACUGGAGCGCAGGAGCACACUUCUUACUGGGAUCUGUGACUCUUGGGCAUGAAGGACAGGGCCUUGGUGGAAGAGAAGGGCUGUCCCCUCCCCGCCUGCCCUCAGUCGUGGCUUCCCAUCCUCUGGCCUGUUUCUGGACAGACGCUGGGACAGCAUCAAGAACAGCUACCUUAGAAACUAUUUAUUCAUCAGAAGCCCCUGGGGCUUGCAAUCCUGGAAAAUAUUUUCAGCUCGCUGCUUGUGCUGGAUGUACAAAAGAAUGAGUGGUAUUUUAUUGCUGUAAUAUUGUAUGAUACUGUAACUAUACCUUAAUGUUGUCACUUACUGUAAAUGGACUAUGGUUUUAUCAACAAUAAACACACAUUAACAAUG